GGGAGCAAGGACAAGCGGUAGGAAAUGGAAGUGGGCGGAGAAAGCGAAGGGUGCUGCGUUUUACGAGGUGUCCGUGAAGGCAGCACAGUUCCCAAGGAGAAAGCCGCAAAGAAAGAGCUCGGUGGCGUGUUCAUUCACGUCGUCAUCCUCACGUCCUCACAUCCACUUUACAACAUACUUCUCACGCCUAAAUCUGCCUUGGCGUCCACGCAAGUGUGGACACGAGGGGCUGGCACCGGAACACCGAGCCCGGCCGGAACCGGACCCGCGGAACACAACCUGCUCCCGGAGAUCACGUGACUGAGCUGAUGGAGAACUACUAAGCUGCAGCUGACUGUGAGGGACCCUCUCCAAGGCCUUGCCAGACAUGAGGUCUCCACCAUGUGACUGCCCUCUGUCGCUGCUCCAUCCACCAGUGUACCCUCUCUGGUCAUAGACAUGGAACCCUGCAUCACCAACGUGCCCUCGGCCCCUGACCACCUGUCCACUUUCCCCAGUCCCACGGUCCCCCACCGUAAUGGUCUUCAGGGGCCUGCGUUCCCGCUUGUGGCCAGGUGUAACAGCAGCACCCUGCUUACCAACUUGGGUUUGAGGCACUGCUCUGGACGGCAUGGCCCCCCAGAAAUGGUGCUGGAACAGGGACUGUCUCCAGACUGCUGCCUCCAAGCAGGAAGCUGCAGGCUGUACAGGAGCAUGGAGAACCUCAACUGGAACUCUGUAUCCAAUUCAAGUUUGGGCACAUCCAAUGCUACCACUUACAGAAGUGUGGACAGUGAGUUAAUUUUACGCUACACCUCCGAGAGUCACUGGUAUGAUGGGCCUCCAGAUGGAUCCAUAGUGGGAGGCCAGGGACUUGGGUCCAACCCAGAGACCCUGGCCUAUUGCCCUCAAACUGGACUCCCAAGGAAGGAUACACCCCUGAUCCCCCAGUUACUUUUCCCUGGAGGUGUUGAUGAAUGGGAUGCAAGGAAAGGCCUGAGGGUAAAGCUCCGCCUCCAGAGUGCAAGAUCUGGGGUAGAGCCUCUGAAGUCUCUCCCUUUGCGACCUCAUUUGUACACAGAUGCUGGAGAGGGGGGGCAUCAGAAUUCAAUACAACCGUUGUGCGGAAUACGACUAACCUGCCCCCAGGACAUCAAGCAGGAAGUCCUGAGGCGACUUCAACUGCGCCGGCAGAACAGCAGCCCGAACUUGGCAGUCCAUAGCACCCUGCACAGUUCUAAAGGGUUUCAGUCAUCCUACACAACAGACAACCUUUCAGGCAACAAGAACAAACCUCAUUCUAUAUCCGAAUUCCAAAAAGGGCCUGUUGGCUGUCUAUACAUCCCAACAUUUGAGGAGUUUAAGAGGAUGAGACAGAAGGGGAGUGAGAGGACCCAUGAGUCCACAGCAGUUCCUGUGGUACAAGACAAUCUAACUCCUUCUGAGGACACCGGUCCUCCACAGAGGGGGGGCUCGGAGGCAGACAAGAGUACUGGAAGAACAAGCUCUCCGGUCUGCACAAGCCCCUCACCACGUUCGCCUUUAAAGCCCCAGGCUAGCACAACCCAGCGAAGAUCUGUGCCGACAGGCCAAGAGGACGACAGCAACAGACGGCGCAGGAGGUGCAGUCUGGAACCAACCGGUUCAAUUCCUUUCCCUCUCAGCAGGCAAAACUUGGAACGACCCUCCAGCUGUUGCCCAGCGCUCCUUACGGAGGCCACGGACCUGUCCAGCUACGGAGCCAAGAUCUACAAGAUGAAGGAUGGCCUCAUUGGAUCAGCGCUGGACCUCAUCAAAAAGAGCUGCAGUGCAGAGAUCUCCUCCGAGGCCCCCGUCAGGCUGUCAGCUGACCCCCGCACCGGCCCCCAGCCCCCCGCCGUUGCCAUGGCAACCAUGCCGACCACGGCCCGCGGAGGAGCGGAGGUUGGCGAGGAGACGGCCGCGGGAGAAGAGGAGGCAGAAUGUACCACGGCGCGUGGCUGCAGGCGCUCCAGCUCGGACGCCGCCUAUGAGCUGUCACCGACUCUGAAGGCGCAGCGCGAGUGUCGUCUCCGGCCGCACUACAGCGACCCCAUGCCCGCCGACGCCUCCAAGCGCAAGCAGCUGGAGAUGAAGAUCGCUGCCGCCGCCCACAACCAUCGGCGAGAACGAGACAGCGCUCCGGCAGCCCUCCGUGGCCACUCAGAGCCGCCAGGUGAGGAGCGGCAGGUGGGGCUGGGCCUAACCCGGACCCGGCAGCAUCGCUGGAGUACCAUCAGCAGCCUGAGCGCAGACAGCGGCAUCGUGGGCCUCAGCGACGAGCGCGAGGAAGAGGACAGCCGGCCCCGACGUCAGCGGCGCAAUCGCGGGGCGGAGGUGGAGCGAGUGGACAGUGGCAUCGGCCCAGGCUUGUCUCGCAGCUGGAAAAGACCCUCCGCCUCGCUCCGGAACUGGGACGCGCACAGACCUUGCCUGGACUGUGGCCGGAGGGACGAGGCCGGCAAGGAGCGCUGCUGCGAGCGUUGCUGCAAGCUGCGCACCGAGCGCAAGGAGGCCCUUUUGGAGUUCCUGAAUACGGAGAGCAGCUAUGGCGAGGACCUGCGUAUCAUCAAGGAGGAGUUCUUCUGCCCCAUGCAGAGCGCCGGUCUGCUGACAGCUGAUCAGCUGACGGUGGUCUUCGCUAAUGUCCAGGAGCUGAUAGACGUCAACGACCGCUUCACAGAGCACCUUCAGGACAGCAUCGACCAGGCUCUGGACCAGGGAGACGAAGAUCUGCUGACAGUGUCCAUCGGUGAGAUCUUUCUGGAGUUUGUCAACAUGCUGCCGGCCUUUCAGACAUACUGCCUGCAGCAGCCCACCUCGGUCAACAUGCUCAACGCACUGGAGAAGGAGAAAGAACUGCUCAGGAUCUUCCUGGAUGUUUCCCAGAAUGACAACACGGCACUGCGUAGAAUGAACCUGCGCUCCUUCCUCAUGGCACCCCUUCAACGGGUCACUAAGUACCCGCUUCUGCUGAGCCGAAUCAUCAAGGUCACUCCCGAAAACCACCCGGAAUUUGCACGUCUGCGCGAGGCCAAGAGUCGCGUGGAGUCCCACCUGGAGCACAUUAACAUGAAAACCAAGCAGGAGGGCAACGGGGUCUCCUGGUCGCUCCGCUCGUUCCGCCGCGACAGUCGCAAGAACCGGGAGGUGAUCAACAUCGAAAUGCGGGAGGUGUCGAUGAAGACUGUGGGCUGGGCGAGGGAGAACACCCGCUUUGUCAUGGAGGGGCCGAUCCAGCUAUCCCAACCGGCAGACGGCCAGUGGGUGAAGAAGGGCACCAAGGCUCUCAAGUUCCAGAAUGUCCAGAGUCUGCUGAUGGUGAGGACUGUGGAAGGUCAGGGACAGAGCGCUGAGCUGGAAGAGGGUGGCGGAGAAAGUAUCCAAGACGGAGUCCUGGUUCUAAUCAAAGACAAGAGCAGCGGGAAAUUCGCCGUGUUGAGGGAGCCCAUCCAUCUGGGGAAUUGUGUGGUGUCCAUGGACCCGGAAUGCGAUGACACCUUUGAGGUGCUCGACAUUAGGCGAGAGUCCUUUGUUUUCCGCGCCUCAGACAAGUCUCGUACUCAGCACUGGUUCCAUCAGAUAAAGCGAUAUGCCCGAGACUUGGGAACGUGGAGGAAAAGACGCAACGCUUUGCCCAACAUCAUGAUCAGUACCAACCAGAGUCGUUCAUGAGACUGCCUUCCUUCUCUCCUUGAUAAAUAGCUCCAAACUGCAGAGCUGCACUUUGGAGCGUCACCAUGCUGCUGCUUCUCUCAAGUCCAGUAAAGUCUCUCAUCGACUUGAAGAGAAUAUCCAUCCAUCCAUUUUCUUCCACUUAUCCAAGGUCGGGUCGCGGGGGAAGCAGCCUAAGCAGAGAAGCCCAGACUUCCCUCUCCCCAGACACUUGGUCCAGCUCCUCCAGGGGAUCCCGCGGUGUUCUCAGGCCAGCCAGGAGACAUAAUCUUCCCAACGUGUCCUGGGUCUUCCCCGUGGCCUCCGACCGGUCGGACAUGCCCUAAACACCUCCCCGGGGAGGCGUCCGGGGGGAAUCCUGACCAUAUGCCCGAACCACCUCAUCUGGCUCCUCUCCAUGUGGAGGAGCAGUGACUUUACUCAGAGCUCCUUCAGAAUGACAGAGCUUCUCACCCUAUCUCUAAGGGAGAGACCCGCCACCCGGCGGAGGAAACUCAUUUGGGCCGCUUGUACCCGUGAUCUUGUCCUUUCGGUCAUAACCCAAAGCUCAUGACCAUAGGUGAAGAUGGGAACGUAGAUCGACCGGUAAAUUGAGAGCUUUACCUUCCGGUUCAGCUAAUUCUUCACCACAACGGAUCGAUACAGCGCUCGCAUCACUUAAGACGCUGCACCGAUCCCCCUGUCGAUCUCACGAUCUACUCUUCCCUCACUCGUGAACAAGACUCCGAGGUACUUGAACUCCUCCACUUUGGGCAAGAUCUCCUCCCCAACCCGAUGACACGUCACCCUUUUCCGGGCGAGAACCAUGGACUCGGACUUGGAGGUGCUGAUUCUCAUCCCAGUCGCUUCACACGCGGCUGCGAACUGAAGAGAAUAGCACUUUUUUAACAAAUCUGCGGCUGAUCCACACGGUCAUUAUAUCACUCGUGAAGACUUAGUUUAAAAAAAAAAAAGAUCAAAUACUUGGACUACCAAAAAAACUGGGCUGUGUGCCAGCCAUGAUUGUAAAGACUGUUUUGUCCUUCAUGAAGAAGAGCUGUAUUUUCAGUACUCGUGUGACUUCUGGGAAGCAUGACUGAACCUUGUUUUUUUUUUUUACCAGACUGUGAAGGAGAUAACAGUAGAGUUUACAGACGGAGACGUUUGCGCCUUAUGGGUUUCCUGUUUGUGGUUGUCACCCCCUGGUGGCUGAGCAACGUGGUAGCGCACCUGAGACAGACUUGAAUGAAAACACUGUGCUGAAACAAGAUAUCACCCUACAGCAAUAACCUGUCAGUUCCAAUACGUUCCCCAAGAUUCACUUUGUUGUCCUCCCAAACCGGUCUGUGUUCUGUGGAGUGUAAACAACACUGGGUCAAGUCAUGUUUCAUUUUGUUGUUCAGCAGUUUUUCAACCUUAGUCUCCAUUCAAAUUCAUCUCUGAUAUCAUCUGCCGUUUGUCUAAUCGACCAUGGAAUUAGAUGACGCAGAUGGUGACCGUGGUCCUUGUUAGUCAGUGACAUGGCUUCAUCUUAUCACCCCCCAAUUCAAUGUACGCUCUUAUCUAGUCAGAGUGCAGCCUCAAGAAUCUCCUUAUUCACAGACUACAAGUAGUAACAGAGCCAUCAGUUUCAAAUGAACCUUAUUCUGCCCCUUAGUGACCAGUUAGUUUGGUCAAAGCUGAACACAGUCUUAGAACUCAGGUGCAGACCAAACCAACCUGGGCACACACUGUGCCGAUUGAAACCGUUUCACCCUCAAUCCUACUUGGCCUACUCACGUUUGAUUG